AUGCAAACUAUUUCAAGCAAUGAAUUUCGAUCGGAUGCGAGCCAGAUAUUCCGUCUUUGCCUUCCAUAUGUAUUCAGCUAUGUCCUAGAACUAUUAUUAAUACCAGCUGUUUCGAAUGUUUUCAUGGGAUGGAUUGGUCAGCAGGAAUUUAACGCAUGUGCAUUAGCACGAACUCUCUAUUUAUUGUUCGGAUAUUCUGGCUAUUUCGGUUUAACUUAUGCUUGUGAUACAUUAUUAAGUCAAGCGUUCGGUGGCAAUAAACGGCAGAUGGGUGUGGUGAUUCAACGAGGAUUUCUAAUAGGGAGUUUCGGUGUUCUUUUUUCUUGGAUAUUUCUUGUUAAUAUUCGAUAUUUCAUACCAUUUAUUGAAAAACAUGAAGAAUCCAUUCGACUAAUUAAUCGAUAUUUACUAUUUUCAAUGAUUACGGUUCCAUGUGAAGCAUUUUCAUUACUGAUGCAAAAAUUUGUUAUCAAUCACGGUGUAACAUGGCCACUACUAGUCAUAAAUACCAUUGGAAAUCUCGUUAAUAUACUUGCUCACUGUUUACUGUUAUAUGUGUUCAAGUUUAGUGUUGCAGCACCGCCAAUAGCGUUCGCUUUGUCGUAUUUGACGAUGGGUUUAUCGUGUAUUAUCUAUGUUCGACUGUCAUCGGUAUCAAAAGACACAUGGCAUCCAUGGACACGAAAGUGUCUACAGGAUUGGUCAACAUAUGUUAUGUUAGGUGUUCCGGGAGUACUUAUAAGUUUCCUUCAAAGCCUAGUAUACGCUGGUUCGAUUCUAUUUGCAUCUAUAUUCAGUGAAGAUGCCAUUACAACACAAAAUGUCGUCUUUUAUGUUGAUCUUUGUAUUUUUCUCGUUACACUCUCGUUUGCUGUGAGUGCAACCAUUGUCCUUGGACGGUAUCUUGGUGCUAAUCUAUACGAAAAAGCGAUACAAGUGAAAAAUACAAUAUACAUCAUCGUCUGGCUUCCGAUUAGUGCAACCAUUCUAUGUGGUUUACUUGUUAUAUAUUGGAUUCCGUACUUAUUUCAUAUACCGGAUUCAGCCCGAAAUUCAACUCGAUAUUUAUUACUAAUGGUGAUCAUUUGUUGUUCAGCCGAUUUCUAUCAUCUUUCACAAGCGAGCAUAUUACGGGCUUGCGGUCGACAAUAUUUCGAUGCUAUACUUUCGUUUACAUCAUAUUGUUUUGUUGGUAUUCCUGUGGGAAUUUUGCUGAUAUUUGUCUUACAUUUGAAUAUGUUUGGAUAUUGGAUAGCUUUGAUUGCAAGUUUACUUGUGACCAAUAUCGUAUUUUACAUAUAUAUUCGCAAGAUCAAUUGGAAAGAGCAAGCCGAAAGGGCACAGAUGAACAUUACAUCCAACAGGCAAGAUAUUUCAGAACACACCCCGUUAUUAUCUGCGGACAACGCAAGGAGCGAACCAUCAUUAUUGGAUACGAUAAGAACAAAGUUGUUCGUUUUCGUUCUAUUGCUUCUUCUGUUCGUAUCUUCUCUGGUUUUCUCUUUUAAAUUCGCUAGCUAUUAA